AUGACGACGUUCCGCCUCUCACGACAUACGACUGGUCACCAUCGGUACCAGGUCGACGACAACUCCAAUGCCUACAUGGAGCUAGGCCUAAAGAUGUCACGAACAUGUCAAGCCGUUGCAUUCAACACAGCUGGACUUCUAGCUGUUGGUCUUGACCGCGUGAGAAGCGAUCAGUGCCUUCACAUAUGGGACACAAAAUGCAACAACAACCUCGCUAUUGAUUACGCAGACCAGAACUACUUCGCGUCAUCCGCUCUGGAUCAGCCAGGCGUCAUGGUGUGGGACCGGCGUGCUACCCAGCGGCCUGUGGCCUCCCCAUCGUACCUGGAUGCGCUAGAUGCAGAUGAUCUCCCUUGGGGAGGUGCGCUCAGACUCGAUCGAGUGAUGGAGACUGAAUCUGAUCCACAGGCUUUGAGCGACCGGCAGCUGAAGAUCUUGUCUACUCAAACAGAAUUCACCCCUCCUGACUUGGAAACUGUUGAUAGCCCUGAGCUAUUGCAAGUCAGGAAGUCCCAUGAGAUGGACAACUUCUAUGCUGAUUCAAACCGUAAAAAUGACCGAAUUGUAUCCUUCGACUGGCUGAAUAUGGGAUCACCUGCGCUGCGGCCAAGGUUGAUCGUCUUACGUGCAAGCGGAGCUUUCGAUAUUCUUGAAAUACCUUCGUUCACAAGAACAUAUCCGUACAAACUCACUCCAUGGCAGGCACCCUAUCGCGGCUUAGCAGAGGGAAGUCGAUAUCACAGCAUCAUGGACUUUGAGCAGUCACAGAUUGCUGAAACUCUGGGUCCACUCUUCAUGGAAGAUGCUCUGACUGAUAUUCCGGUCUUCGGGCCUGGAAAAGCCGACAUUGGCCCCCUUAUUCACAAUGCUCUACAUUCUCAGGUCCCGGAAGAGGAUCUACUCGUCGACAGGGAAGCGAGCGAGCAACCACUGCCGAAAUCCUUUUUCGAAGCAACUACCAUCGCAGACAAAUUAAAAAGCCUCAGAGACUAUGCUAAGGAAACGUCAGUCGAAAAAGGCGACAUGCAGGGAGUGUCCGAAAAGGCUACAGCAAAGGAAUUAGUGAAAGGAGUGGAUACAUUGUCUCUUGGUCCACCGUCGCAUCGCGAACUGCAUGAGAACGUUCUCAAGACUACAAUGGAUACCAAAGGCUUCCCCAAGGCUGCUCAAAUGGUUCUUGACCAUGUGAUGCUUCUUCGCGCAAAAGAGAAGUACCUCUUUAACUACGAGAUGAAUCGCCGCAUUGUGGCUGAUGAUCUUUGGUUGCGGGAUGUGUGGGACUGGAUAGGCGGCGCUGAGGAGGCUAUCCUUGAUGAGGGGAUGUUCUCUCAUCCCUUAGAUCUAAGCUACAUGGGUGUUUAUACUAUAUGGAUGGAUGAUUUAGGUAAGAAGCCAAGCACAAGACUGCGUGAUGGCACGAUCACCCCUGAUGUUUCUGUCUGGGAGCGUUGUAUCAACGCUAUAAAUAAAAAGCGUGGUAUCUCAAAGUUUGAUGGGGUGGAUACUAAGAAACCUCAUCAUCGAGAGUUAUGCCUGGACAUCUGCGGGUGGGGCAGACCACGAGACUGGGACGCUGAGAAUCUUGCCGACAGUGACGUUGCCAAGAAGCCUUCAACCUGGCAUACCAGAGCAACAGCAUACGCGCUGUUUAGAGGAGACUCCAAGGCCGCCGUGCGCAUACUUAAGCGGGCGAGCACAGCGUACCCUGAGCUUCUUUUCGUCUCUCUUGCCCUGCAGCUUAUUGGCAGGGGAGACCGCGAAUAUGCCGCAGAGCAAUUGGACUUUGACGAGACGGUGGCUUCGAAGACGGAUCCGUACUUGAGGGCUAUAUCCUCUCUCAUCGCAACAGGUGACUGGGCAACCAUCGCCAACCAGACAUCCCUACCUCUUCGCGACAGGGCGUUCGUUGCGAUCAGGAAUCUAGAUGAUGACCAGCUCACACGUUGGUUGAAGGCCGAAGUCUCAGAAGCCGUCAAGACAGGUGAUAUAGAAGGCAUUGUCCUCACAGGUAUCACAGACCAGAUGGUGGACAUACUCGCUAAGUACGUGGAGAAAUUCCACGACAUACAAAGCGCCAUCCUCAUCAUGUCGAUUUGCGCUCCGCGCUUCAUCGACGACCACCGCUGCACGGCCUGGCGCAACGCAUACAGAGCGUACCUACAGCGUCACAAAGCUUUCUUCCAGCGGACAAAGUUCGAGGUCGAGAGCACGAAGAAAAGCAAACCUGACGCCAAUGGCCGACCGGUCAUCAAGCCUCCGUUCAGACAAAUCGCUCUCCGCUGCGUCUACUGUGAUGCGGAGACUACUCUGCGGUCAGGGACAGGGGGUUCUAACUCGGCCGCUGGUAUCUCAGGGCCUUUUACUUCGAACCCCCUGACGGACAAGGGGGCGAACAUGGGCGGCAUAUCUUGCCCCAAUUGCAAGCGCCACCUCCCGCGAUGCGUCGUCUGUCUCGAGGUCGUGGGCAUUGCGCGCUCAGACAAGCCCGAGGCGUCCAGCGACCUAGAGGUGCGGCUAGCAGCCAAGUUCCCGACCUUCUGUCUCAAGUGCGAGCACGUUCUGCAUCUCGACCACGCGAGGCAGUGGUUCGCCCGCCAUGUGGAGUGUCCGGUGCCAGAAUGUCGCUAUCCCUUCGUGUAA